AUGGCCUGCGCAAAGGUCGGGGGCGGACAGUUGGCUGCCUCAGAUCCUCGGCCCAUCCCCUCCUGCGGGGUCUUAGGCUUGUGGCCGGGGACCCUCCAGAGAGCCAGCUGUUCCGAGACACCACUGGUGUCUGCAGCAGAGGGAUUCAAAGGACCCUGCUGGGAUGGGACGGGGCUGUCUGCUGCUCCUGAGGCCGUCACAGAACACAUACGACACGCAGGUCCCCACAAGGGCAGCUUGGGCCUUGACCUGGAAAAUGGGCUCGCGGGCGGCAGGGCGCCCCUGGACCCUCAGUCUGGCCGCGCCCUCCACCCCCGGGCCCGCAGCCAGCGGCGCGAGUCCUUCCUGUACCGAUCCGACGGCGACGACCUCGAGCCUUCGCCCACGGCCGCGUCCCGGCACUCCUCGGCGGCCAGCGAACUACACGGGGAAGACAUGAUCGUCACGCCCUUCGCCCAGGUCCUGGCCAGCCUCGGGACUGUCCGCAGCAGCGUGGCCGCCCUUGCCCACGGCCCGGGCGGCGCCAGGCAGCCGCUCCCGGGGACCCCUGCGCGCAGCAGCCCGCCCGCCCACGCAGGUACGCACCCCUGCUCGCCCCGAGCGCAGCCGCCCCCCCAGCCCGCCCCGACGCCGCUCCUAAGCCGGCUUCACCCCAAACCCGGCUCUGCACCCAGAGCCCCCGCCCACGUUACCCGCCAGAGCGGCGUGGGCCUGCCUGGGUCACAGCCCCUCGCAGGAUGGGGGCGGCACGGGCUCCCCGCCGGGCCCACCCUGACCCCCCCCUCCAGAGGCCCCGGGGCCGCAGCUGGCGCAGGAGACCCUGGCGGAGCUGGACUGGUGCCUGGAGCAGCUGGAGACGCUGCAGACUCGGCGCUCCGUGGGCGAGAUGGCGUCCAGCAAGGCGAGGACACGGCACCCCUGCUCCCCUCCUCCCGGCUCCCCCUCCUCCCCGCUCCUCCUCCCUGAUCAUCCUCC